CUCUAGUAAUUCGUUGCUUCUUCGUUGCUGCAGCCUUGACUCUACAAACAAGAAGUCGGAAGAGUCUGUCUGGAUUUUUCUUUUCUUUUUUUCUUUUAAAACAACACCACCGAGAAACGUAAAUGGCUUUAGAAUCCAGAAUCACUCAAGAAGAAAUUAAAAAGGAGCCAGAGAAACCCAUUGACCGGGAGAAGACCUGCCCUCUUCUGCUGCGAGUUUUUACCACCAACAGCGGCCGCCACCACAGAGUAGACGAAUUCGCUCGAGGAAAUGUUCCCUCAAGUGAACUGCAGAUUUACACGUGGAUGGAUGCCACUCUGAAAGAACUCACCAGUUUAGUGAAGGAGGUUUAUCCAGAGGCCAGAAAAAAGGGGACCCACUUUAGCUUCGCUAUAGUCUUCCCUGAUCUCAGAGGGAAAAUGUACAAGUUCAAAGAGAUCGGCAGUACGAUAUCUGGCAGAAAGGGUCCAGAUGACUCCAUGACCUUGCAGUCUCAGCGGUUCCAGAUUGGGGAUUACCUGGAUAUCGCCAUCACGCCUCCCAACAGAGCCCCGCCUCUUGGCCCACGAAUGCGUCCUUUCUGAACCCAUGCUCACCUAAAUAUGUGCUUUGAUUGACAACUCUAUUUCAUUUGUGUCUUCAGUAGUUUUGUGUCAUUUUCUAAUAAAAAAAAACUUGUGUUCAAUAAAGACUUUUCAUUUCAAAAAUUCA